AGCGCGGAGCGGGAAGGCCGCUCCCAUCCGACGCAGCGACCGGGAUGAGAUUUGGCGAAAGGCGCCUCCCCAGUCCCCCACUGAGCGCAGGGCCGCCGCGCCAGCGGCAGGGGAAGGGCGCGAGGAGGGGCUGACGGUUGGGGGAACCCCCGUAACUCCCCCUAACCGCCACCCAGUCCCCAGCGCAAGCGCCUCUCCCGCACCCCCCACUCUGGCGCCGGCCAAUCGCAACACUGCGCACGUGACGAGCGUUCCCUGCGAUGACCUCAUCCCUGGUGUGGGAUGACGUCAAAUUCAAGAUGGAUGGAAUCACGGCGGUGGCAGCAGCGCGCGCGGGCGAAUCGUGAAGGGAGGCGCCGAGGGGGGCAGCAGGGUGGGGUGCGGCUAACGGCGGAGAAGAUAAAUCCAAAUCAUGGAGGGGCUCUUGCAUUACAUAAACCCAGCACAUGCCAUUUCUCUCUUAAGUGCUUUGAAUGAGGAACGUCUAAAAGGACAGCUAUGCGAUGUUAUUCUUAUAGUGGGAGACCAAAAAUUUAGAGCUCAUAAAAAUGUUCUGGCUGCUAGCAGUGAAUACUUCCAGACUCUCUUCACAAAUAAAGAGAAUGAGUCCCAAUCAGUGUUUCAACUUGACUUCUGUGAACCAGAUGCUUUUGAGAAUGUAUUAAACUACAUUUACUCUUCGUCUUUGUUUGUUGAGAAAAGCAGUCUUGCGGCUGUUCAAGAAUUGGGCUACAGCCUUGGAAUUUCCUUUCUUACCAACAUUGUUUCUAAGAGUCCUCAAGCUCCUUUUCCAGCAUGUCCCAUUAAAAAAAUACUGUUUCAAGAAGAAGAUGAAAGCGGUUCUCAGAAGAGAAGUGUCAUUGUUUGUCAGAGCAGAAAUGAAGCACAAGUUAAAAAUGUCAGUCAAACACAUGAUUUAAGCCAUAGCUCUAAGCCUUCACACUCCAUUGCCAUCAAAACAAACAAUAGGCCACAAGUAACAAAACCAAUUGAACCACUUCACAGUUUGUCAUUAAGUGACAGGAGGUGGCUAAAAGACAGUCCUGUGAGCUACACCAAACUUCAUGAACCUUCUGGAACUGUGGAUGACCAAAGUAGAAGUGGCUCGGUGAAGAGGAAUACAGUAUUGCCACAAAAGCCUUUAGCUGAGAAAGAAACUUCAUGUGAUGAGCCAGGAGUGAGUGGUCAGCUUCUAAGAGGAAAAGCUGCAGAGAUGUCAUUAAAAAGACCACGUCCUCCAAUCUUAUCUCUGCAUGGUUCAUCAGAAUCUACAUUUUUGUUGCGAGAGACAGGAAAAGGAAAUGGUCAAGGAGAAGAUAGGAAUUUGCUAUACUACUCAAAAUUAGGACUAGUGGUUCCAUCUAGUGGAUCUGGUCCUGAAAACCAAAGUAUUGACCGGAGUGGCCCACUUGUAAAAAGUCUCCUUCGAAGGUCAUUGUCCAUGGAUAGUCAGGUUCCUAUUUAUUCAUCUUCUAUUGAUUUAAAAGCGUCACAUGGAUCAUUAUUGGUGACUAGUGACUCACAGGGAAAAACAUUUAAUGUUACAUCUCAAAAGUCAUCCUUGAAAGAGUCUUCAGAAAAGGCUGUCCUAGAUGACAAGACACAGGUAAUACACCCACACCGCCUUAGGUCCUUUAGUGCCUCUCAGUCAACUGAUAGGGAGGUAGCUUCUCCUCUAACUGAUGUACGAAUAAAAACUGAACCUAGCAGCCCACUUUCAGAGCCUUCUGAAAUAAUAAGAGUUACAGUAGGAGAUGCUUCAACAUCUGCCAGUAAAGACUUCCCUUUUAAAACUGAGGAUGAUAAUAGGGAUAUGAGUAGACUUCCAGCAAAAAGGAGGUUUCAAGCAGAUAGAAGGCUACCAUUUAAAAAACUGAAAGUGAAUGAGCAUGGUUCUCCUGGGUCAGAGGAUAAUUUUGAGGAAAGUUCAAGUCCUACGCGCCUUGAUGCUGAUUUUCCAGAUUCUGAUGUCAGUAAAGAUGAAUACAGUGAAUUGGAAGAAGUGAGACCAAACAAAAAGUUUAAAUGCAAGCACUGCCUUAAGAUUUUCAGAUCUACAGCAGGCCUUCAUCGUCAUGUUAAUAUGUAUCAUAAUCCAGAGAAACCAUAUGCUUGUGAUAUAUGCCACAAGAGAUUUCAUACAAACUUCAAAGUAUGGACUCAUUGCCAGACACAGCAUGGAAUUGUGAAGAACCCCUCACCUGCUUCCAGUUCACAUGCUGUCUUGGAUGAAAAAUUCCAAAGAAAAUUAAUUGAUAUUGUGAGAGAGAGAGAGAUUAAGAAAGCACUGAUUGUUAAACUACGACGUGGCAAACAAGGUUUUCAGGGACAGUCCAGUUCACAAGCACAGCAAGUCAUCAAAAGGAACUUAAGAUCAAGAUCCAAAGGAGCCUACAUUUGUACCUACUGUGGGAAAGCUUAUCGUUUUCUCUCCCAAUUUAAACAGCACAUAAAAAUGCAUCCAGGGGAAAAACCAAUUGGAGGAAAUAAGGUUUCUAAGCAAAAAGAGCACAUUCAUAUUGCAAGUCCAGUUGAAAACAAAGAGGUCUAUCAGUGCCGUCUUUGUAAUGCUAAGCUCUCCUCUCUUAUUGAACAGGGAAAUCAUGAGCGACUUUGUAGAAAUGCAACAGUCUGUCCUUAUUGCAGCCUUAGAUUUUCUUCUCCAGAGCUGAAGCAUGAACAUGAAAGCAAGUGUGAAUAUAAGAAGCUCACUUGUCUUGAAUGUAUGCGCACUUUUAAAUCCUCCUUUAGUAUUUGGCGUCAUCAAGUUGAAGUUCACAAUCAAAAUACCAUGGCCCCAACAGAGAAUUUUUCUUUACCUAUUCUUGAUCACAAUGGUGAAAUAACGAAUGCGUCAAGAUUGCAUUCUCAAUCAGAAUCUAAUAAAAUGAACAAUUUUGUUACUGCAAAGGAAGAUGGAGUAUUCAGUGAUUCUUCAGAACAAAUUAAUUUUGAUUCUGAAGAUUCUUCAUGCCUCCCUGAAGAUCUAAGUGUUUCCAAACAGUUUAAAAUUCACGUCAAAGAAGAGCCUGCAGACGAUAUAGAGGAUGAGGUCACUGAAACCAACAGAGAAGCUAAGGAAGUAGUUUCUAAUAAAGUCACUGGCUUGUGGCCCUGUGAAAAAUGUGGAAAAAUUUUUACUGUACACAAGCAGUUGGAGCGUCACCAGGAGCUUUUGUGCUCUGUAAAACCAUUUAUUUGUCAUGUGUGCAACAAGGCCUUCCGGACCAACUUCCGUCUGUGGAGCCACUUCCAGUCUCAUAUGUCACAGGCUGCAGAGGAAUCAGUGAAUAAAGAUGCUGAGAUAUGUCCACCAGCUAACUCCCCAUCACCGCCACCUCUGCCUCCACCCCCACCUCUACCCAAAAUCCAGCCCUUAGAGCCUGAUAGUCCGACAGGUUUAUCUGAGAGCCCAACUACUACUGAGAAAUUAUUUGUUCCACAAGAAUCGGACACGCUCUUUUAUCAUGCUCCACCACUUUCAGCAAUCACGUUCAAAAGACAAUAUAUGUGUAAACUUUGUCACAGGACAUUCAAGACUGCAUUUAGUCUUUGGAGCCAUGAACAGACACACAAUUAGCUAGAGAUCUUCAACAGGUAGUUUAAAAAGCUGGUUAAUGGAGACCAUUUCCAGGAUAUUUCAGAAGUAUGCCAUAUAAACUAGAAAUCUAAGGGGACAAGAAACAUCAAAAAAGUAAAGAUGGAUUUAUGAUGCUGCUUGGAUUUGAAGAUUAAGGUAAACUAACUUUGAUGUUAGUAGAUAGAAAUUUGAAUAAUUUAAAGUACUGUUGUCUGGGAUCUUAUAGUAACAGUAUAAUUUAAUUUCAUUAACAUUGAAAUCCAAUCACAUCUUGAUUGUAUGCAUGGAUCCUCAUCCUGUGGUGUCAAUAUAUAUAAAUAUACAUUAAAAACAAAAAAGGAACAACAAUGUGGAUUCUAACUGUGAGUUUAUAGUAGUGUUAUACUGUAACCAACUUCUUGUUUUGAGUAUAAUGAACACCUGAGCUCCCUAUAAAUAUUAGCCCUGCACUUGAAGUUAAGAAAGAAGUGGAUGGAAUAUUUUUCUUUAGUAAUCUAGAUUUUUAGUAAUAUUUUAGCAAUAACAAAUAAACCUCAAGUUUGAGUUACCCUGACACUUAUUGGGAAUGAAUGUUUGGUAUUUUAUGGUAAUGUGGAAUUGUUUUGUUCUUAUAUGGAACUUGUGCAAAAUACAAUAGAAUCUAAGAUGAGCAAUAUUAAUACUUGGAUUUUAUAUUUAAAGUAGCAGCAAGCCUGCUUUCAGCCAUUUAAAUAGAAGUUUCUAAGGAAGACUCUGGAAAAAAAAAGUAUGCUGCUUUAUAUAACGCCCCAAAGGCUAAUUUACUGUAGGUAUUUCAGUAACUACAAGCAUUGUAAUAAAGCAGCAGUUAUAAUACAAACAGUACUGUUUAUGCAUAUGAACUAACAUUGAAUGGAUGUCAAACAAUUCACAAUUUUGUUUCCUCUGGUUUGUACUGUUGUGUGUAAUUCUGAGUACAAUAGAAUGUAUGAAUAUAUUACUUUCAAUGGCAGAAGAGGAGGAAGGGGUUGUGAAAUAAACUCCUGUGUGUGGCAGUAAAUGUGGCCAUUAGCACAAAGAUAUGUUUUUUAAAAAAUGUAAAUAUUUACAUAGACACCUGUAUAAAUGAACAAAAUAUGUAUUUAAAUUUUGUAUUAAACAAACCUAUCCAGUUCAAAGCAGAGGAAAAAGCGCCACACUACAAUCAUUGGAUUUUGUAAAUACAGUGUAUAGAAUAUUUGUUUCUUUUCUGACACUUUCUAUUGUUUGUGAUCCUUUGUGUUAGUGUUUAUUUGGGUUUGUUUAAAAUCAUGGUGGUAAUGAUUAAAAAUAGUCACAGUUGGAAUGGUUGGCAUCAUUAGUAUCAGAUAUUUCCCAGAAGCUAUGGCACGGGUCCAGAGUUAAUUUUUCACCUGCUUUUGACAAUGUGCUUCUCUUGUUUAGAAGCUCAGAGUUAAAACCAUCUUUCUGCUGUUGGUAUUUUAAAUUUAAUUGAGUGGAAGGGAUUAGAAUAAACAGUGAGAAUGUAAAUGAAUUAAAUACUUGACAGUCCAUUUUGGAUUCAGGCCAACUUCAGAUGGGAAAAGAAAAGAGAAAGUAUUGCAUUCAGUACUGUGUAAUUAGGGCCCAGUCCUGCUUUCACUGAAGUCAACGGGAGUUCUGUUGCUGACUUCAGUGGGAGCAGGAUCAAGACCUUAAUCCUAUAAGGUUCUGAUACUGCAUUCCUUCAGCAUCCAAAAUUCCCACAGAAGUCAGAAAGCUGAGGCCCAAAAUACAAAGGUGUGGACAACAAUGAUAAUAUUCAGGACCAAUGGCCCUGAUUCAGCAAGGUUGAGCAUGGGUGCCUACCUUUAAGCUGCUGGGUUUGCCUAUUGACUUCAGUGGGUGGUUAGUUAGGCACAUACUUAGAUACCUUACUCAAUCAAAGUCCAUAUUUGCCAUCAUUUGUUUUGUUUGUUUUAAAACAGCACUUUAUUUUCAUUGGGAAGUUCAACAUAAAAGGAGAUGGCACAAUAUGACCCUCAGACUUUCAGCUACCAGCAAACUGCAAUAAUUAGCUACAAAGUCUUUUGCUACAACAUGGUGGAUAAAAAAAAUCUAAAACUGCUACUAAACACACUAACACCUACCCAUAGGUGUUUUUCCUUAUUACAAAUGAAUUAUGUUAGAAGAUAAUUACACUAAUAAUCUGCAAGUAUUUUUAGAUGAAAACUGCAAUCAAAACUACAGUUAGACUAGAUCAGUGGUUCUCUAACUUUUGUACUGGUGACCCCUUUCACACAGCAAGCCUCUGUGUGCGACCCCCCCCCCCCCCGUUAUAAAUUAAAAACACUUCUUAAUAUAUUUAAUACCAUUAUAAAUGCUGGAAGCAAAGCAGGGUUUGGGGUGGAGGCUGACAGCUCGUGACCUCCCCCCCACCCCGGGUAAUAACCUCAUGACCCCCUGAGGGGUCCCGACCCCCAGUUUGAGAACCCCUGCACUAGAUGACCCUUGAGGUUUCUGCUAACCCUAUGAUUCUAUGAAACAAGGUUCCUAUGUAAUCUUUUAUAGGUGACGCUUCCAGAUGUGACUCCUUCUUUUUUAAAUUUCAACUAACAAAACUAAACCAUUUAAUGAAAAGAAGUAAUUUCAGCAUAAAAUAAUAAUUACUCAACCUUGUUUAUUAAACAAAAGCAAAAUGAAAUAAAGCCAUGUUAAAUAUAUUUAGCACAGCUAAAUAAUUGUUUUGUGUUUACAUUAAAUGUCUUUUAGGAGAAGAAAUCUAUGUGGACAAAAUGUGAAAGCAAGGUAUUAAAAUUGGUGCCUAAGUUUUCACCAUUGAUUCCCGUACAAAACAGCAUGAUAUUUCCUAUUUAGUUUGUUGACAGUCUGUACGUAGCCUUCUAAGAAUGAGUAUACCCUUCUAAGAGAAAAUAUGAUGACCAGUUCAGCUAUCAAAUAAUCAUAAUUUUCAACUGAAGCACUUCUUUGAUGCAUUUUUGGUAUACUAAGAUUAUAAAUAGCACAUGCAUAACAACCUUGUGCUAUAUUUUGAAGAAGUCUUGAUUUUUUCCCCAAGUGUAAUAUAUAUUGUAAAAGUCAGAAAAAAGUGGAUAUAACUAGUUUCCUUUAUAAAUUUGUUAGAUUAUUUUUAAAAGUUUGUUUUAAUUUUGAGCAUGUUCUGUGCUUUUUUUAAAUUAGUUCCUGUUUGUUGUCCAAUAAAGGAAUACAGGCUCUCUAAAUAAAGUUUUAAAUAUGAGAUAUUUAUAUAGCAAUUCUGGUUUUCUAUUAGCUUUUAUACAGUAUCUUAAAAAGCCCUGAGACAGAAGUGUUUACUUUGGAGGAUAUGGAAUAAAUAUGCUUCCACUCAUGUAAUUUUAAUAUAUGUUAGAAAAGUUAAAUUAUGGAAGAAAUUGUUAGUUGCUUGUUUAUACAAUAAAGGUCUUUUUAAAGAAUGUCUAGUUUGGCCAUAACAAGAAUGAUAGGCAAAUUAUUGAUACAAAAAACCUGUCUUCUUCAUAUUUGGUUUAGUUUUGCAACUGUGUGAAUUGGGUACUAAAGGCCUUGGCUUUUUUGUCUGAUUAUUUAACAAUUGCAGAAAGUUUGUAUGAUUUCUCUUAAACUUUGAGGUUUUGUGCUCUUUUUCAUAUGGCAUGACGGAACAUGCAGAUGUUUUAAUAUAUACUUUAGAAUUUAAUUCUUUCUUCGUUUGUUUUGUCCUCCAUCAACAAAAUUUGACAGAGACUCAUCUUGUUCCAACUCAAGUAGGUGACAAUUUCUGUUUACUUUAGUGGGAACAGGAUUGGGCCUGUGAAGUAAAGCUAGUUCAUGUAGGUACUGAUUCAGCUAAGCACAUGCUUAAGUCCCACUGCAGUCAUUGGGCCUUAAAACAUGAUUAACUUUUAAGCAUAUGCUUAAGUGCUGUUCUGAAUUGGGGCCAUAAUCAACCACUCAAAGUAAGCAAUGGAAAUAAUUACAUGUUGUGGACUUUUAAAUGGUAGAAACAAAAAUGUUAUAAGUGAAUGUUCUUCUGAAUAAAGGCUACAUAUAUAGUUAGUGUGUAAUUCUGCAAUUUUACCAAAAUAGACAAAGGACAUGAAAUGGUAUUGCUACUCUAAUUUUGUAACUUUUUUUAAAGAAAACAAUAGACAGUUAAACUUCAGAGAUGGCAGUUGAGUUGUCAGUCUCCUUUCAGAACACAACUAUAGCCUUACAACUCUCCAGUAAACCAAAACACACAGCUGUAGGGGACUUGCUCCUGCAUUCUCUCCUUGGGCAAUGGUCCCAUUGACAUCCAUGAGGCUUUUUGCCCAAGUAGGAAGUGCAGGUUUCUUCCAGAUCUGUAUUGUACUCUGAGGCCUUGUCUACACUACGGGGGACGAUCAAUCUAAGUUACGCAACUUCAGUUACGUGAAUAACAUAGCUGAAGUUGAUGUACUUAGAUCUACUUAUCGCAGAGUCCACACUACGCAGUGUCAACUGGAGAUGCUCUCCCGUUAACUCCCCUUGCUCUUCCUGUUCAGGUGGAGUACAGGAGUCGACGGGAGAGUGAUCGGCGGUUGAUUUAGCGGGUCUUCACUAGACACACUAAAUCGACUGCUGAUAAAUCAAUCACUGCACGUCAAAUCACUGAUAAGUGUAGACAAGGCCUAAGAUUUUGCCCAAAACUUCUAUUGACAUCAGUGGAAGUUCCUCAUGUGGGACAAGGAUAGAAUAUGGCCCUAACUCCUGAGCACUAGCAGUUAUGGUGCAAAUAUCUGGCAUGUGCCUAUAAAAGCUGGCAUGUGCCUGUACUGUCUGUUUACAUUUUCUUACCAGAAGUUCUAGAUGAAAAUCAAAGCAAGAUAGAUUUUUUUUUUUAUGUUGUAAUUAGUGAAUCAGUGUUAAAAAAUUUUGUGUUGAACUCAGCCUGAUAGUAUUUGGGUUUUUGUUUUGUUUUGAAGUCCUAUUGAUUCUCGUUUGUUUAAAAUGACUUGUGACAAAAAUUGUACUAACUAUUGUACAUAAAGGGAUACUAUCAUGAUAAACAUACUGUAAACAUCCUUACCUGUGUUAACAAUACUUGAUACUAAUAAAGCUAAUAUAAUUUUUAAACCCCAGUUGUUAACAUUUUAGAUGUUUGGGCAUGAAAAUCCCAGAUAGGGAUACCCUCAAACUUUGGCAGUGUGUCUGAAAUAUGGAUCUGAGCUUUGUGGAUCUGUUAUAUUUUGCUAUUCUGAGACAGUUAAAACAGACAAAUCAGUUUCCUUUUCUAGUUCUCAUACACUGGCACAAAUAUUGUGUUUGGGUUUCCACCACUGUAGCAAAGUGUUAAAUUUAAAAUACCCUUUAAAAUACAAUAUUUGAAAACUUAUGAAUAGUUACAAAAUCAAAACAUCAGAGUUUAACCUUGACAGUGUCCCUUUUUAAAACAACAGGAAAAAUGGGAUCACUUGUAGUGUUUGGAAAAAGUCUCCUUCGCUUUGUGGAAGUUGGAAUAAUCCAACAUAAACAUGCAAACUGUAAUAUUUUCCAAUUUAAAGUUACAUAAAAUCACUUGUCAUUUUAAAGUAUUAUAGGUUAAGACAAAUAAAAGCUGUUUUUUAUAAUCCUGUAUAUCAUGUAGCCAUUGUAUAUUAGUUCAGUUACAUCAGUGUUGGAUUUUAAUUAAUAGGUUUUUACUUUUUUAGGACUGAGAAUUAAUAGUUUAGAAUAACUCUUCCUUUAAUGUAAUGUAAAUCCAUUGCUGCUUUGUAUGACUUUUUCUACUGUGUGUUUUCUUUACUUAGAUUUUGACUAAGAAAUGUUGGAGUCCAAUAAACUUACACUUGUUUCUUUUGA